UGCGCAGUCGCAGAAACUUCUCUUGGGGGGGAAGUUUGGGCGCCUUCCGCUGGGCGCCUUCCGCUUGGUGCCUCUCUCUGCUGCAGUUGCCUCGUGGGCACGGUCACGAUCCAGCCGAUCCAGCUGCAGCGCAGACGCCGAGCCUAAGGCACUCAGAGUGGGACUCCCUGCCUCACGAUGUCUGAAAAGGACGAUUAUAUUAUUGUAACUGUUGAGGAUGACAGUGAUGGCAAUGAUAUUGAUGUUGUGAUAAUGGAAGAUUCUGAAACAGAACUUACUGAGAACACACUUUCCACUGAUGGCAUGUUGACUAUAGAACCAAAUUGUCGAUCCAGCAAUGAUAACUACCAGCAACUAUCCCAAAUGACAUAUGGAGUAGGUGGUUUACCACCCCUAGGUGACCAAGCAGUUCCGCAAAUGAACCAUCUGGCAAAUUUAAAAAGAUACAGCUCCAACUCAGUGGAAAUGGAGCUUCUCCCACUGCGUAAAAGAGGACGUACAUCUUUUCCAAGGAGGGAUAAUACGGGUUUGCAAGAACUUACUGAAAACACAAAUAAGCAGGUAAACAACCUUUGUGGAAUCAUUUCAAAAAUACAGCCUUCUUGGGAGAAACCACCGCUGCCAAACUGUGAAGACGGCGGCCCAUCCAGACCAGUGAGAAGGCAGGAGAACCUUGCCCGGCGUAACCCUGUAAGGAUAGCUCUCCAGCCAGCCCCUCUCCCGGAGCUGCAGGAGCUGGUCGUCAGAGAGAGUCCACCACCUCCCAAAAUUGUCUCCACAUAUUCAUUACAGCCUAGUGUCAUACCAGGCAACCCAGUUCCUGGUUUUGCUGUGUUGUCCUACAUUUUCAGUGAAGGAGGUGAAGGGGCCACCGGGGAUCUCUCCUCUGUCCAGCUUCCCCUGGCUCUGCCUGCAGCACUUCUGCCCCCAGGAGAACCCCGUGUGGCACACGCCCCCACGAUGGCCAGAUGCCCAACUGUAUGGGGACAAGGCUGCGCGGGCCCGGGCCCGGGCCCGGCCUCAUCGGCUUUCUGCAUCCCCCCCGGUUUCGAAAUGCCAAGAAAAGCAGAAGCCAGCCUUGGAAACAGCACUGAGUCAAUAUAUUGCCCAACUCCAUUGGGAGAUGACAGUGGCCAAGAUACUAUCUCAUCUGUUUACAUCCUUCCUAAUUUGGUAAUAGCAGAGACCAGCUUGGAAAACAACCCCAAGCCGACAAAUUACCCAACUUCAUCGGGAAAUAACGGUGACCAGUGUUCAUCUAUCUGCCUCCCACCCAAUUUUGCGGUUGAAAAAUUCAUACUUAUAAAAAGGUCGGAAAAAUCAGAAACCGGCCAGGAAAACAACUCCGAGACCAUGUAUUACCCAGCUUUAUUGGGAAGUAUCAGUGGCCCAGAUACUAACUCCUCAUCUGCCUCGCUCCCACCCAAUUUCGGACUUGAAAAAGUUAUACUUGUAGAAAUGCCAGAAAAAGCGGAACCCAGCCUGGAAAUCAGCUCUCAGAUAGUGUGUUACCAAACUUCAUCGGGAAAUGACAGUGGCUCAGCUCCUGCCUCUUCAUCUCUCUCCAUCCCACUCAAUUUCGGAAUGAUGGCAAAGGCUGAAACCAGCCCAGAAGAGAGCCUGGAGACAAUAAGUUACCCAGUCUUAUUGGAAGACAGCGGCAAUCAAGACGUUCCCUCAUCAGGUUGCUGCGUUCCUCCCAGUUUUGAAGUGAUGGUCAAAGCAGAAACCGGCCUGGAAAAUAGCACUCAGAUGACAAAUUACCAACCUUUGCUGGAAAAUGACAGUGGUCAAGAAACUUCACCAUAUUUCUUCAUCCCUUCCAGUUUGGAAUCCAGCAUAGAAGUGAGUUCCGAGACAAUGAGUUCCCCAACUUUAAUGAAACAUGACAGCGACCAAGAUACUGACUCAGAAACUUACUUUCUCGCUCCUGGUUUUGCACUUUUACCUGUAGAAAUAUUGGUAAAAGCAGAAAACAGCGUGGAAAACGUCCCUGAAAUAAUGAAUUACCCAGCUGUAUUGGAAAAGGACAAGAGCCGAGAUUCUGUCUCAUCAUCUGCCUGCAUCCCUUCCGGUUUUGGCUAUCUUGGUGAUCCGAGAAGGAAUGUCAGGGUGCUUAAUAUUAAUUUGGUGACUGCACAAAAGAAGAGCCAUCCUAGGCAUGCAGCCCGCUACUUGGUUCAUGUUUUGUUCUCCAAGGAAAUUCUGAUGCACAGCUGGGUAGGUUUUAAUUCCCAAGGCCGCCAACCUCUAGACCCAAACAAAAUGGCUGCAAUAAGAGAAUAUCUGGCAACAAAUUUUCCCAACCAUGAUUUGCGUGAAUGUGGAAAAGACUGGAAAACCUGUAUUGCCGAUAUCAAUUCUCUGAUCUAUUGUUUAUGUGCCGAAGCCACAACAACACCACAGAAAGCUGGUGGCUGCAAAAAAGGCCCUACCAGUCUUGGCAUUCCAGCGUCUGCAGAUGUGAAUGAUGAAAGAGGUGGCAAAGGCGGUGAAAGCAUUUCCCAGUUAUCUCAGCCAACAGCUGCCUCAGGAACAAGAGUAAAAGGGAAUUUUCAGUGGAAGAGCAGUGUUUGCCAUCAAGGAAUUAAAAAACCUUCCAUGGAGAAUUCAGUGGUAUCUGAUGACAUACUGGAAUAUCUUGGAAAUCCAGGUAGAAAUGUACAGUUGCCACAUUCAGUACUGAAUAUAGCCAAAGGGAAGUCUCGCCCAGAGCUGGCAGCCAGAUACCUUAUUCGCAAACUGUUCACAGAGGACGUCUUGGUAAAAAGUAACGUCUAUGGCAAUCUGGGGUAUGGCAUGAACGCCCUUAACCCGAAUAGGAUUAACGCUCUUCGAGAAUUUCUUCAAGACAUCUUCCCGACUUGCAAUCUCUCAGAAACCGGAUAUAACUGGAAGUUGUGUGUGACAGCUAUCAACAGCUCCAUCCGUAGUCUUCGCUAUGACCUUAAGAAGUUCAUACUCAAAGCAUAGCAGCUUAACAACUCCAACAGAGUCAGAACCAAGAGAUAAUGACUGAAAAUUGCUUUAGGAAGAUGUGUAUUGCUUUAGGAAGAUGUGUAAUGUUUCAUCUUGUGAACAAAGUGAUGGGCAGUACUCCGAGAAGAACCUCUGAUUAAAGGAAUGGUGGUAAACUCCUAAAGGUGGUUUUCAUUGCUGUUUUAAGGUAGAAUGAGAAUAGCACGUUUAGCUCUUAGUGAUAGAUGAGAUCUGAGCAUCAGUGACACACAUAAUAGAUAGUGAGGUAGAGAGACAUGGUUGGAUAGGCAGACCAUAAUUCCAGGUAGGUAGUAGACAUUCAAUAUUCGUCAAGUGAAUUGUCACUGCAGAUCUGAGGUCUAAGCUCCACUGAUUCAGAAGGGAGGUAUGGUUUACACAUAACCCAGACACCCAUGUUGGCUUUCUUAAAUAUCCAUCAGUAGGGGAUUCAUAAGACUGACAUCCUAUUGUUUGACCCAAGUUUUCCAGGCACGAGCCCUAUGGGGUUUUUUUUUUUAUUUACUCCUGAUAAGAACAGCAUCCUUUUAUUUACCUCCUGAUAAUAUUUUAUCACAGCAGUUUUCUAAGAGUCAACACAGAAACUCAUGUCAGGAGGCUUUUUGGUCCCAUUGAAGUAAUUCAAAUUUAAGAAUAUAUCACGAUGAAUAAAAAGAAUCUGACCAGAUUCGAAUGUUUUUUGUUGUUGUUUCUGAAAUGCCUGGAUGAAGGUUCUUUAUAUUUACUGUGUUUUUCUGAUUGAUUCUACUAGUUGAAGUGCAUACAAAUUUAAACCUUACAGUGUUUAAAUGAAAAAAACAUUGAUCAGAAAUUCAAUUAGAAAAAAGUGAUCUUGAAGUAUAUUGGCAGGAAUAUUGGCAAAUGAAAACAAUAAUUCCAUUUCGCUCAUGAGUAGGAUUUUAUGUUUAGCUUAAGCACUUUAAAGUUAUUGAAUGUUUUAGCCAUAGAAAAUACUGUAUAAUUUCAUUGUUUGAUCAUUUGUGUUUAAGAAGCAUUUUGUCAGAAAAAAGAGAAACGUUUUGUUAGUUAUAAUGUCAUCUCUCAGCUUUCAACCUAUGGAACAGUUCUCAGUUAUAUUUGCUUUAUCACAUUCUUAGUUAUUGUUCAAAAAACAGUGUUUUUCCUUGUGAGAGUUCAGGCUUUAGUUGUGCACAUUUGCUUAUGACCCAUGGGUUUUCUUAGAUAGUUGACACUAAUUAACUUUGCUCUUUUGAUAAGGCAAAGAAGAAAUUUAAUAGAAAGUAAUAAGUCAGUCACAGUAAUUAGUGUGAAAGUUGACAAGUCUUGUUAUUUUUGUGACUCGUAAAGUAGUUUAGGAUGGUUUUAUAUGGUCAAUUUGUAGAAUAUAUACAUUUUUUCAAAUGAUAUGUCUUUUGAAAAUUAAAUUCAAUUUUUAGAGUAUUUUAGUGAAAUAUAGUAUAACCAAUUUUAGAAAGAUGAAGACGUAAGAUAGAAUUUUUACAACCCUGUUCUCCAAAUAAAUAAUUUGUUGUUAGUUGCCUUUAGAUUAAUAAAAUUACAGUAUUUCUAUGCAUAUCUUUAUAUGUUUAGGCUAUGCCUACAGUUGUCUUAAAAAGUAAAUAAUUCAAGCCAAAAAAUCUUCCAUACAGGGCAAAAGAGUUUUGACCAGAGUUAUUCAGAUUAAUUCAUCUAAGAUAGUCUUUGUCUUCACCAUUCAGUUUUAUAAAUAAUUUUACACACUAUUGGUAAUACAGCUAAUAUGGAAAAGUAAAAUUAUAUUCUAGGCAAGAUUAUAUUUUAAACUGUAUAUGCAGAUUUCAAAUUUGAUUUGUAUUUUGUGCUAUCUGAAAUAGUCCCUGGACUAGAAGCAAUACAAAAACAAAAACUUUAUAUUUACAAAAAUUUUUCAAGAUUGACAUGGUAGACUUUAUUAUGGUGGUUGCUUAUAUAAUUUGUUAGACCAGUCCUGUCCAGUACCAUUAUAUUGGUAAUGUUCUAUAAUUUUAUGUUGUCCGGUAUGGUAGUCACUAGCCACAUGUGGCUUUUUUGUUUUUUUUUAAGAUUUUAUUUAUUUAUUUGACAGAGAGUACAAGCAGGAGGAGCAGCAGAGGGGGAGGGAGAAGCGGUGGGGCUCCAUCCCAGGAUCAGGACCCAGGUCAAAGGGGAACACGUAACCGACAACCACCCAGGCAGAUGCUUAACCAACUGAGCCACCCAGGUGCCCCCAAAUUUAGUUCCUCUAAUGACUACAUCUCAAGUGCUUAAGAGCCACAUGUAGGGGGUGCCUGGGUGGCUCAGUUG